AUGAUGAUUGACGGGGAUCCUGAGCCUGCAAGUAGCAGCCCUUCUCCCGCGGUAUCCUCGGAAGAUGCUGUAGUCAAAGAAGAAGAAGAUCCGAACGCCUCUGCCACUGGUUCUUCCAUCUCGGGUAAGAAGAAGGAUGCCGACGGUGAUGAAGCUGCCAUUCAUCAGAUUCUUCACUUUUGGAACCAUCCUUCGUUGCAGGAUGUGUCGGUGGCCCAGAAACUGGACUACUUGAAGCAAAAGGGAAUCGACAGCUCCACAAUCUUCAAGGCGUGGGACCACAUUUUGCAGCAGCCCACUGCGUCAAACAAGAAGACGACAACUCCCAGUCAAUCGGAUUUUGUAUCCUCCUUCCAAGCGCAGCAACGGAAUCAGCAGCCUCCUCCACAGGGAUUUCCUGCUGCCUCUCAGCAACCAGCAACAGCAUCCAACUAUCCAAAUGUUGCCACCCCUUUCAAUAGUGAUUAUCAGAAUCAUCCUCACUAUUCUUCCUAUGAUUAUGAUCCUGCAGACGACAUGAUGGGUGGCCCUUCUGCCAACAGUGUGGCUCUCAUCGCUACUGUGGGUGGAUUCUUGGGGUUGCUUGCCGCUGCCACUGUUCGAUGGUUGAACGGGGGAGAUUUCCUACUCUUUCCACCUCCCAAUCGAGACAGUGGCGAACACAAGGCAAUGGAGCCGCGACUUUUGACGCUGCAACAGGAACGUUCCCAGGAUGUGACCGAAGAGGAGGAGGAAGAUGAAGAAGAAGCAGAAGAAGAGGAGGAGGAAGCCAGUGAAGGUGAUCCAGAACUAGCACGAUAUCUGUCCUCGGCAUCAGUUUCAUUCGGUGCUUCGGCUGCUGUAACAAAAGCUCCGGAUGUCAUGCAACAUGCCAUGGCACAAAUUACUGGUCUAUCCGAAACGCUGCAGCAGCAUCUUACGGUACAACAACGCAUCUUGCAAAAGUUGACAACUAGCAGCAGCAGCAGUGCGGGAGGUACCAUGACUGACGUUUCCAUGAAACUCCUUCGCCAGCAACAACAGAAACAGCAAGAAGACGACGCGACUGUGCCCGUGGUCAAAGAUCCAUUGCUUUGGUACAAACUUGUGGAGAUCCAGGUGGAAUUGGCAGCAUUGAAACGAGACUGGCAAGGAAAGGGAGCUGACGGUAGCAGCAAGCUAGAGGAACAACUUGGCGAGACACUCAAUCAGUUGCAGGAUGUACUGAAAACACUACAACCAAAGCCGGAAAAGGAACACGAUUCUGAUAAUCACCAAAAAGAUGCAAGCCCGUCCACAUCGAUUGAAGAGAGUACCGAGCACAACGACAAAAGCCCCAGCACAAAUAAUAAUCAGACAGAGACAGAGCAACCUGAAUCGCCUGCGGAAACUGAAACUACCUCUAUGUCAAUGAAAGACGACCAAGAGUCAAAAAUGCCCGUAUCAAACAAUGAGACCAAUACCGAUUCGGAGGGCAAGGUGGUUUCGUCAUCACAUAUUGAAGCAACCGAAGCAACAAUCGUCAAAACUGUGCGCAAAGCGUUUAUCGAUCUCGUGCGACAAAAUGCAGAAGAUCCCACCGGGCUCAAAACGGGAGUCCAAAUGCUAUUCCUCUACAUCAACAAUCUGUCGAAAAAUCCACACGUCCCACGAUAUCGCAAGAUCUUUACGUCCAAUGAAUCCUACAAAAAGGUAGAUCGACUUCAAGGGGGGCGUGACUUCUUGUCCUCGCUUGGGUUUGUGUUGAGUGCGGAUGAACGUGUUCUCGAAUGGCCGCCGCCAGAACCUGAAGCGGAUGGCACCGAAAAGACACUCACAGUUCAGGACAAGGAGAAACUUGUGGAGACCUAUCAUCUCGUUAAAGUCGUGGAAGCUCUAACUGUGCUGAAAUCAAUAUCUCCGCAGUCCUCCGUGGAGACAACAACUGAAGAAACCAUGUCUCUGUUGGAGAAAGCGUUGGAUGUUCUUCCAUGUCCACCACCAGAGGAAGAACCGUAG